AUGGCGCAGUUCCGCGCAAAGAAGCUCGACCUGGGCUGCUUCAUCAACUCCAAAAUCAUCCGCGACCACACAAAACGGAAGACGUUUGAGCAGUUUGAACCGCAGAGGUACACACCAGCACAUGACAUACAAUCUCUAUACACUAACACGGAAUUGAAUAAUCUAGGCAAGCUCUUCGGUACCUCGUCCGUAACACCUCCCUCCCGGACUGGGUACGAACAAAGGCACAAUUCGAGUUGA